ACGUCGGGUUUGUUGACAGCGGAGGCCGCGGCGGGGGGAGCGGGCCCGGCCGGACACCGACCCCUGCCCGCCCGGGACAGCCGCCGCCGCCCCCCAUCCGCCCCGCCGGGCGGGGGCCCGCACACAGGUGUCAUGGCCCGAGCAGAGCAUCUGAAGGGGGAGCAGGGAAGGUGCCUGAUCCACCCCAGCUACCAACGGGAAUAGUGAUUAAGCUGUCCUGAUGUCCCUGUAAAAUCAUCCUGGAACUUCAUUUGAGGAAAGGGUCUGCUGAAUCGAAAGCUUCCUUUUGCUUUUGCCCUUCCUGUAACUCCCCUCAAGAUGGCAUCCGACAGCCCCGAGUCCCUGAUGGCCCUGUGUACCGAUUACUGCCUUCGGAACCUGGAGGAGACUCUCUGCUACCUGCUGGACAACGAAACCCUGCGGCUCCAUCCUGACAUCUUCCUGCCGAGCGAGAUCUGUGACAAGCUCGUCAAUGAGUAUGUGGAGCUGGUGAAGACAGACAGCAUCUUUGAACCCCAUGAAAGCUUCUUCACCCUCUUCUCAGACCCCCGGAGCACCAGGCUUGCUCGAAUCCACUUGCGGGAACAGAUUGUGCAGGACCAGGACUUGGAAGCCAUCAAGAAGCAGGAUCUUGUUGAGCUCUACUUGACUAACUGUGAGAAGCUGACAGCCAAGAGUCUGCAAACCUUGGUGAGCUUCAGCCACACACUUAUCUCCCUUAGCCUCUUUGGCUGCUGCAAUAUCUUCUAUGAGGAGGAGAACCCUGGGGGCUGUGAAGAUGACUGUUUGGUGAACCCCACUCGUCAGGUCUUGGUCAAGGACUUUACUUUUGAAGGCUUCAGCCGCUUGCGCUUCCUGAACCUGGGCCGCUUGAUUGAAGGGGUAAACGUGGAGACCUUGCUCCGGCCUUUGGCCUCCCUUGCAGCUCUUGAUCUCUCUGGGAUCCAGCUGAAUGAUGUGGGAUUUCUGACCCAGUGGAAGGACAGUCUGGUUUCCUUAGUGCUUUACAACAUGGACCUUUCAGAGGAGCACAUCCAAGUGAUCGCGCAGCUUCGCAAGCUCAGACACUUGGAUAUCUCCAGGGACCAUCUCUCCAGUUAUUACAAAUUCAAGCUGACCCGGCGGGUUCUAAGCCUCUUUGUGGAACACUUGGUCAACCUCACCUCGCUCGAUAUCUCAGGGCACACCAUGCUGGAGAACUGCACUAUCCCAAGCAUGGAGGAGAAGAUGGGCCAGACCAGCAUUGAGCCAGCAAAGAGCAGCAUUGCUCCCUUCCGGGGUCUGAAACGACCACUCCAGUUCUUGGGGCUUUUUGAAACAUCCCUCUGCCGCCUGACACAUAUUCCAGCCUACAAGGUGAGUGGAGACAAGAAUGAAGAGCAAGUCCUGAAUGCCAUUGAGGCUUACACUGAACACAGGCCAGAAAUCACUUCCAGAGCCAUCAACCUCCUUUUUGACAUUGCCCGGAUCGAGCGCUGCAGCCAGCUGCUGAGAGCCCUUCAGCUGGUGAUCACAGCCCUCAAGUGCCACAAGGAUGACAAAAACAUCCAGGUGACUGGCAGCGCCGCACUCUUCUACUUGACCAACUCCGAGUACCGCAUGGAGCAGAGCGUCAAGCUGCGGCGCCAGGUCAUCCAGGUGGUGCUGAAUGGCAUGGAAUCCUACCAGGAAGUCACAGUGCAGAGAAACUGCUGCCUGACACUGUGUAACUUCAGCAUUCCUGAGGAGCUGGAGUUCCAGUACCGCCGGGUCAAUGAGCUGCUGCUGAACAUCCUCAACCAGAGCCGGCAGGAUGAGUCUAUCCAGCGCAUCGCUGUGCACCUCUGCAAUGCUCUGGUCUGCCAAGUGGACAAUGAUCAUAAAGAGGCUGUGGGCAAGAUGGGGUUUGUCAUGACAAUGCUAAAGUUGAUUCAGAAGAAGCUGGCUGAUAAAACGUGUGAUCAGGUGAUGGAGUUCUCCUGGAGUGCCCUCUGGAAUAUCACUGAUGAAACUCCUGAUAACUGUGAGAUGUUCCUUAACUACAGCGGCAUGAAACUGUUCUUGGAGUGCUUGAAAGAAUUCCCAGAGAAGCAGGAGCUGCACCGUAACAUGCUGGGUCUCCUGGGCAAUGUGGCAGAGGUGAGGGAGCUCCGCCCGCAGCUCAUGACCUCCCAGUUCAUCAGUGUGUUCAGCAACUUGCUGGAGAGCAAAGCAGAUGGGAUUGAGGUGUCCUAUAAUGCCUGUGGGGUGCUCUCCCAUAUCAUGUUUGAUGGUCCAGAGGCUUGGGGUAUAUGUGAGCCCCCCCGAGAGGAAGUUGUAAAGAGGAUGUGGGCAGCCAUCCAGAGCUGGGAUAUCAACUCCAGGAGAAAUAUCAAUUACAGGUCAUUUGAACCAAUCCUUCGACUUCUUCCACAAGGGAUCUCCCCAGUCAGCCAGCACUGGGCUACCUGGGCACUCUAUAACCUGGUCUCUGUCUACCCUGACAAGUACUGCCCACUGCUGAUCAAAGAAGGAGGGAUUCCCCUUCUGAAGGACAUGAUUAAAAUGGCCUCAGCACGACAAGAGACCAAGGAAAUGGCCCGGAAAGUUAUAGAGCACUGCAGUAACUUUAAGGAGGAGAACAUGGACACUUCCAGAUAGAGGCAAUCAUCUCAUGCCUCUUGCCAGCACUGUAUCCAGCUUCUCUCUAAUUCACUGUACAUAGGGAGGACUCUUUCUUACCAACUCGCCUGUUGGAAGGAAACUUUAUGUGUGUGUGAGACCCUCAGUAGAUGAAGGUGAAGAGGAGAAGGGGGAGGGACUUUUUGCACAACAAAAUGCUUUCCUUAAACUAGUGGACUUUUUUGUUAUGAAGUUUCAGGUUGAAGUUCUGUGUGUUAUGAUUUCUGUAUAAAAAGAAAACCAAGACAACUACAUUAUGUAUUUAACCUUCUUAUUUUAGAACACACAGAGAGCCUCAAAUGAUCAUGAGCUUGAAGACCUAGCUGUGUGAUCACUAGUGUGACAUUUUUAUUUCCCCCUUUUUAGAAAAUCCCCUUUUGCUGUAUUGCAUGAGGUCCUGUAAUGUCUGCAAGAACACCAGCCCUGAAUUGGCUGCUCACUGGGGUUACAGGCAGCGAGGAGUUAUUUAUUUGGUUGGAGAGGUUGGGGGACACAAUACCAGAGAGUUAGACCAAAAAGAACUGACCUUUUUAGUGGUAUUUGUAAAUGUGGAGGAAAUGAGGAAGAAAGAUUUUUUCAAGUCACUCCCCUAAGGGAUUUUUUUAAUAGCAGACUCAUUACUGGAAGCACUGCUAACUGUAUGUAGGUCAUUCAGAAGUAAAACAUUCCCAUUAAAGUCAAGAGGUCUGUUUUGUCCCCUUUGGCAGCCCACCCAGCCUGGUAAGGUCAGGGAUGACCAGUAAAACCAGUUACACAUCCUUGGCAACAUAAAGUUUUUCUCUCUAAGGGGGCCUGUACAUCAAGGAGCAAGGUUUGUUCACAAAGGGCUACACAUCUUCAUUCCAGUCCUUCACCACCUUUUUAGUUGUGUUCUGUUUGAUGGGGAAGGGCUAAAAAUUCCAGAGAGAGUUAUUUCCCCUCUGCAUAAUAAGCUUUGCUGGGCCCAGUCCUGAGCAGCCUGUACCAUUUGUACAAGUCCCAGUCAUGGGCUGGAACUGUUCUGCUCCUCUCAUCCUGCAUCCAUGCAAGCCAUGCUCAGUGGCAAAGUCAUCUCCCUUUACAGAAAGCUCACAACAGCACAGCUGCUGCAACUGGAGGUGCUAAAGUCCUCUUCUGAGACUGGGGAGUCUCCAGACCUCCUUUGGAGUGUGAUCCCAUGAAACAGCACCUCUUGCUCCACACCAGCAGCUUCCCCUCUUCUGGGAAGCAGAAGGCUGUGUUGUUACCUAACUCCCACUAGCACUUACCUGCUCACAUCAGCAGCAUUACUCCAGCUUAGGUGAUGAAGGUGAGAGAAAAGUCCCACUGAGGUGGUCUUCACCUGUAAGACUCCAUACCUAGAAAGGCUGAAGAAGCCAAAGGCCAAGGUUUGCCUCACAGCCAGACACUCAACACAGUGCACAGGGCACACCCAAGCCCUCUGCUUGCCACAGCUCUUUCACAAAUCACAAAUCUUCCCUUUGAAUGGUGUUUAGAAAAGAUUUUGUGUCUGGAGACUGUGGCCAGGUGUGUUAGGACAUUUCAGGCCUCUGAGCACAGCCUUGCUGCUCUCUUCCCUUGUACACAUUGCUCUCAGAUUUGAUUCGCUGCUAUGAGGUUCUUCUAAUGCUCAGAGUUGAUGCUGUCAUUGCUGAGCACGAUAUAGACAGAUCCUAGAUACACAAACUGACACUUUAAAUGACAGAACACAGCUGCCCUGGAGAGGUUUACUUUUUCUGCCACUAUGGUGUUAAUUCAAUGUCUUUUAUUUUUAACCAUACGUCAUUUGUUUUGAUAUUGUGAGAUCUGUACUUUUUUCUUAAGUAUUUUUCAAACUUAUAUAUAUUUUUGUGUCACUUUUGAAUUGUUUUCAUAUGGUUUGCAAAACUUGACAAAUUAUACUUUUUUUUGCAGUCGUUUGAUUGAAAUGUAUUUUACUCUCUUCUUCCUGUUCCACAAGAUUUUGUGUCCCUAUCAGCUUUGAGACAGGGAAGCUUAUUUCAAGAUCUGUUUUGUGUAUAACAUUUGCUAAUCUUCCUUCUAGAGGCAAAACUAAGAGAGGCUGCAAGUACUGCCAGCUUCAGAGCAUUAGGGGUGUCCAGCAUUGCUCAUUUAAUUCUCCAUUUUGUGCUGCUAUCCUUUUGAAGUGGUUUCACAUGCCAAUGCCACCCCACCAGCCUUUCUUCCUUUCUAAUGCCCAUAUAGUGAAAGCUCCUGCUACUAAAACUUUGAAUCACAUGACAAAGAGCACUCAGAGUUCCGACUCUGUUGGCAAAGUGGGAGUGGAGCAGAAGGGGACACGUGGCAGAUGUGAGAGGUAUCAGAAACUGGUGCCAUACUGGAGCUCAGGAGCUCCCAUCUCAGCUGGAGCAGACCUCAGCCUUGCAUUGUAUCUGAGCCAAACAGUCAGGCUUUACACUGAGGUUUUGGCACAAAGUUUAAUGGACAAGUGAUGACUUGGUUCCUCCAGACCCCAAAGGUUUGGGUUCUUCAAACCAAUGCCCUUGUAAGUUCAGCUGUUACCAAGGUCUCACCUCAAGCUGGACUGUGGUAUUCCAAACUAAGAAGAUCCAAACUGCAUCAGACCUCUGUUUCACACUAUGGAGAUAACCUCUGUCCCUCACGGCUCACACAUCCUCAUCAAGCUGUACCUGAGCCUGAACCAGAAUGAAAAGAUUUCAAAUUCCCAGCAACCUAAAGAUUAAUGGAGUCAGGCCAGCCAAAGGCUUAGCCUUCUGAAAUCUGUCACCAACCCCAGGGGUAAAGAGGAACUAUUACUGGUCUGUUGUCCUUAGCUACACGUAAGAGUUUGAGGCAGCCACCAGCAAAGUAAAUUCCUGAGGCAGCAUUGAAAAAGAAACAGCAUCCUUGUUAGAGUAACAUGAGCUAUGGCUAUAAGGUUCAACGUCUACAAGCCAAUGAAUGGACUUUGGGAGCUGGAAAAUAACAUUUACUUUCAGUAAGAAGCAAAAGAGAAAAAGGUAUCCUCUGAGCACAAUCCAGAAAUUCUGUAAUCAGGAGUUUGAAACUAGGUUGUACCUCAGUUUCCCUAACUGAAACAAGAGGAGUUGUUGCACCCUAGGCAGAAUUCAUGUACCAUGACCUAAAGAAACUUUUUGGAGGCAAAGAGGAGUUAAUAAAUUGCUGCCAUUGAUCCAGCACUCAGGACAAAACAGGAGAGUUGUCUGCUGCCAAUAUUCUGCAAAGGAGGAGAGGGCUGAGGGGCUGAUUUUUUAUGAAGGUCUGAUCUAAGAGGGGAAGUUGGAUAUGCUGAAAUACUUGACUGCUACAGAGAAGCCUCUCAGGACUUCCAGCUUUGUUGGAGCAAGGAAUGAACCAGAAGACUUCCAACACUACACAGAACUGUAGAGCAAACAACCAACCCUGCCCAGAAAACCAGAAGAGGGUUCUAACAGUCAAACAAGAAUCCAUCUGGAGAGAAGUUCAUAGUGUGUAAAGAUAUGGCAGAGGCUCCUUGUGCUCCACAGCUGUUGUAUCACUCAGACUCUCUCAUGUUUUCACUACUACAUUUCCUUUAAUAUUCAAAAGCUUGGCAAGCAGAGUACAAACACAAUUCAGUAGUUCUGUGCAGAGACUGUGCCACCAAAGGAACCCAUUACCUUGACUGUGUGUAGUUUCCUUCCUGGUGGCCAAAGUCAGUGGUACAGCAGCCCUCAUCUGCAGGGUGUCAGAUAUUUGCCACCUUCUCUGGAACAGAUAAGAGCAAACUGGUGGGCAACUUUCCACAAGUGCUUCCAUCCACAAGAUCUGUGUGAGGAAUUGCUUAUAACAACUGGCAUCUAGUUGUGUGAUGCUUAACACCUAGCAGCACCAGGCUUUCUCACCUAGACCAAGCCAAGAAAGUUUAGCACUGAUACUUGUGGCAAUCUGUAAGGUUGUAGAUAAUCCAUCUGCAUCAUGACUGCCAUAACCCUGCACCUACCUAUGGGCUAAAAUGCUGUUUGUUUAGCACUGAAUCCUCUCCAGCUCCUGUCCUUAGUUGUGCUUCUGCUGCAGUCACUCUGGCUUUUGCCAAAGAUGAGUGGGAAGAAAAGUCUUGGAGCUGUGAGGCUGUUACCCUCCCAUCAUUUGAAGAAGGGAACUGAUAACCAGUGGAGCAAGAGCUAUAGGGGCACUGACUUCAGGCACUGCUCCACAGAAAAGAUGCCUUGAGACUGUUCAGGGAGGACCCUGCCACAGCUCAGGUACUAGAGGGUAGCUUGGGCUGGAAAAAAAAGAAUUUUAAGUAGGGAAACAUCUGAUCUUCAUCACACCCAUGUGUAUGAGGCACAGAGGGUAAUGGCCAUCAGGAAUGGAGGAAAAGCAACAUGGGGGCUGUAUGAGAGACAGCACUUGGAAAAGGAAUGAGGGAGAUUUCCUGCUGAAGCUGAAACACUUCUGCUUUAGCAGGCUGUAUUUUGAUUUCCUAUAAUUGUCACUGAUUCUCUCUGUAAUUCUUUUCUUGUUUUUUAAAAGAAGUUUUUAUGCUAACCAAAUAUGUAUUUCUUUGUUUUGCUUAAUGAAAAUAACCUCGGUUAUAAUGAACAAGUGUCUGCUUUUACUCUGUCCACUGACCUUGCCCAAUGGUGAGAGACCUGGUUCAAAUGUUUGUACAUGGUGAAACCAAGCAAAAAAAGAAAAAUGAUGCACAAUUGUUGUUUCCUUACAAUUCUGAAUGAAUUAACUUUUCUGUUGUAUCCAUUGGAUACCUGAUGUGUAUUAAACCUAGUGCUUAACAAUG